UGUUACAAGGACUGUUCAUUGUUUACGAAAUCGUUUACGUACAUUACCUAAUACCAAUCAAUAUCAGUACAGCAUCGUAUUUGAUAACUUGCAGUAAAUUCCACAGAAGAACUGCAUUAAAAUGUAUCUUUUAACAGAAAGUAUUGUUCAUUACUUAGUAGUCGUUAAAUGUGUUCAUUGUACUCCCCCUAAGCGCCCAUAAUGUGUCGCUGGGGCGUCAGAGUCAGUUGCCGCGCAAACAGGAUAAGGGCAAGACUGAAAUGAUAAACACAUAAAAAUAAUUGAUCUCUUUUUGGGCAUUUAUUAUAAAGGUACUUAAAUAUGGAGUCUGAAGAUGACAUUCGGCCUCUGAUUGAGGGGGAAGUUUUAGAGAACGCUACAUCUCGAGAUCUUUAUUUAGAAUUGAAUACUCAGAAAAUUCAUACAGAUCCAGAAUUUGAACAGGUAGUAUACGGGUACCGGAGGAGCAGAUGGCGGACCAACCUGGUGCAUUUCUUCUCGGUGCUGUUCUGCGGGAUUCCAGCGUUAUUGUUCCAUUGGUGUCCCACCUGGUACCUUUACGCGACCUGCACGAGGGCUUGCUUCCAGCUUGCGGACCAAGUUUUAGUGGUGGAAACAUACCAGAAGAAAUGCAAGACAUACUACAUACACAAAAUUAUAGAGAAGACAAUAGCAGACACAAGCGGAUUGCUGAACGAAGGUUUCGCCGAUGAGGCCGGCGAGAAGAUACCGCACAAGGUUGGGGACCUGUACACGCCGCUCCACCUGGAUGAUGGCACCACACUCAACGUGGACAGCUACCGCUACUUCAAGCACAAAAAACAGUUUCUUGUAUGGGACGGGUCGCGAGCGCAAUGGGCUCUACUGACGGGAGUAGAGAGCGGUGCCACAUGCGCGCAGCUGCACGCCAUGGGAGCUGUAUCGCCUGGUGCCGAGAAACGAGCGAGAAUGUUAAACAUCUACGGUCUGAACGAGAUCAAAGUCCCAGUCCAAAGCAUCAUGACGCUCAUUCUGCUAGAAGUGGUGAACCCUUUCUACGUGUUCCAACUGUUCACUAUAGCCGUGUGGCUGGCCGAGCCGUACUAUUAUUACUGCGGGGCCGUGGUGUUAAUGUCUACGUUCGGUGUGGCCACGUCUGUCAUACAGACCAAGAAGAACCAGGAAAGCCUCCGCGCCACGGUGGAAGCGCACGCAUCUGUACAGUUACUCGACGGACGGGACGUGGACUCCCGUGCCGUAGCCCCGGGCGACGUCAUCACGCUGCCGCCGCACGGCUGCGUCAUGCUGAGCGACUGCGUACUCCUAGCCGGCUCCGCUAUCGUCAACGAGAGCAUGCUCACGGGUGAAUCUGUCCCUGUGACCAAAACGGCGUUAUUGCGAGUGGACAAGCCAUUCCAUUUCAAGGAGCACGCGUCCAGUGUCCUUUUCUGUGGUACACGCGUCAUUCAGACCAGAUAUUACAACAAUGAGCCCGUUAGAGCAUUGGUCCUGCGAACCGGGUACAAUACGAGCAAGGGUCAGCUGGUCCGCAGUAUCCUCUACCCCACGCCGGCCGACUUCAAGUUUGACCGGGAUUCCUACAAGUUUAUUAUAAUAUUGGCGGUCAUUGCUUUACUGGGACUUGCUUAUACUGUGGCUCUCAAGGCGUACCGUCACCUAACUCCCGGCGACAUAGCCAUAAAGGCCCUCGACAUAAUAACCAUAGUGGUGCCGCCGGCGUUGCCCGCCGCCAUGACAGUAGGCCGGCUGUACGCGGUGUCGCGGCUUAAGCGCGCGCGUGUGGCGUGCCUUAAUACUAGAGCGGUGAAUGUGAGCGGGUCGCUGGACUGCAUAUGCUUCGAUAAGACCGGCACCCUCACCGAGGACGGCCUCGACAUGUGGGGCGCCAUCCCCGUGAGCUCCGCCGUCUCCCCGCCGCGUCUGUCGCGGCCCGUGCGGGACCCGCGACAGCUCAACGACCUGCACGACCUCAAGCUCGGCAUGGCGGCCUGCCACAGCCUCACCUUACUCAACGGGGAGCUAGCCGGGGACCCGCUGGACCUUAAGAUGUUCGAAUCGACCGGUUGGACGUUGGAGGAGCCGGCAGUGCCCGAGACGACCAACUAUGAACUGCUGACACCGACCAUCGUGCGACCGUGCAGGACAGCCAACAUCAACGUUGACGAUGUCCAUCUGCCUCUAGAAGUGGGAAUAGUGCAACAACACCAGUUCGUAUCGUCCCUCCAACGUGCCUCGGUAGUAGCACGAAUAUUGGGCGAAGAUGUCCUCAGGGUGUACUGCAAGGGCGCGCCCGAGAUGAUCCGGACGCUCUCCAAGAAAGACACAGUACCCGAAGACCUGGAUGAAAUCCUCCACUUCUACGCGGAAAAAGGGUACCGCGUGAUCGCAUUAGGCACACGAAUGCUCGAGAAGACGCAUAGAGAGCUGCAGAAGAUGACGAGAGAUGAGGUAGAAUGCGAGCUGGAAUUUCUCGGGCUGGUCAUAAUGGAGAACCGUCUUAAGCCGGCCACAACCCCCAUCAUCCAUGAGCUCAAAGAGGCCAACAUACUGGUCGUCAUGAUCACUGGUGACAACAUCCACACAGCGGUGAGCGUGGCCAAAGAAUGCGGCAUUCUAGCCCCGGGCGAGCGCGUCGUGCAUCUCUGCGUGGAGAGCAGCGGGCUCGUUCCCGUCGUCUGCUGCGAGAGCUCCAAGCAUGGGGCCCCUAUAGGAAGACGCACUGCACUAACUAGAUCCUGGCGUUCCGUGGACAGCGGCCGAGGCUCCUCCCGGAGUGCCCUGACAGACUCAGAGGCCCCAGCUGAAGACCCUAACUAUAAGGUGGUCAUGACUGGAGACACGUGGAAGGUACUACGCGAGCAUUACCCGCAACACGUGCCGCGAGUGAUCGAGCGCGGCGCCGUGUUCGCGCGCAUGUCCUCCGACCAGAAGCAACAGCUAGUUACUGAGUACCAAGCGCUGGGGUACUAUGUUGGCAUGUGCGGCGACGGCGCCAACGACUGCGGAGCCCUGCGCGCCGCGCACACCGGCGUGUCGCUCUCCGAGCUGGAGGCCAGCGUGGCCGCGCCCUUCACCUCCUCCGACCCCGACAUCGUCUGCGUGGCGCGCGUGCUGCGCGAAGGCCGAGCGGCCCUAACUACCAGCUUCGGAGUCUUCAAAUUCAUGGUAGCAUACUCCUUAACUGAAUUUUUCUCUGUCGCGUUUCUGUAUUAUUUCGACUCGAAUUUAACUGACUUCCAAUUCUUGUACAUAGAUGUCGCUAUGAUUGUGAAUUUCGCGUUCUUCUUCGGCAUGACUGAGGCUUAUAGGGGUAAACUAUGUAAAAUACCACCUCUAACGUCUCUACUUGGAUUAGUACCUUUAGUAUCAUUAAUCGGCCAGAUGAUUCUAAUUGGCGUAGCGCAGUAUUUCAGCUAUUUCGCUUUAACUUUCUUCCCGUGGUAUGAGAGGCAUUUAUAUGAAGGUGAGGAGGCUAACGAGUGUUGGGAGAAUUAUGCCAUUUUCACAGUUUCGAUGUUCCAGUAUAUAGUCAUGCCUAUAGUGUUUUCACACGGCGCGCCGUAUAGAAGAUCUGUCGUCACUAAUAAAUAUCUAAUGAUCAGUGUGAUUAUAAUGACCGCUAUAUCGAUAUACAUAACGGUUGCCCCGGCGAAAUUCUUAGCAGAGUUUUUACAAUUAAAAAUGCCGAAAGAUAUCUUACUAAGUUAUAUAAUUUUAGCUAUAGCCUCGUUCCAUUUUGUGAUAGCGGUGUUUUUUGAAAGAGUAAUUGUACAGUAUCUUAUGGAAAGGAAAGAGAUGGUACCGAAAUGUUUGAAGGAGAGAAGAGUUAGGAAGACUCCGCAUCUUAUGAUAAAAAGGGAAUUGACAGAUUUGGACUAUUUGGAAUGUGAUAGUGAGGUAAAGUUUGUGAGAGAGGGGAGCUCGGGCAAAUGAGGCUAACUAUGUUGUAACGAAUCGUACAAAAAUAUUUCUUUGAUGGCUUAGCCAUAUAUUUAAACAAAGAAUUUAAACUGAUAUUAUUUAUUUUUCGCCGUGCGCGCAAGAAAUAUUUGUCGUUUUUAUUAAAUAUUUUGUGUAUUCACAAAUCGAUGGUUGUAGAUCGAUAUUAAGAUAACAUUACGAUUAUCGUAUAACGAUUGUAUUUACCAUUUGGUAUUAUUGUAAGAAUCAUCUUCCAUUAUUUUGACAUAUUACCUCUUCACCGACGGAUAUUACUUUUAAGUAUUAUAUCAUUUCCUAUAAACAAAAAGAAACAUAAUUUUAUUGCAUAUUGUUUAACAUGAAUUAACAUUUUCAAUGCCAACUGUUCCAUUAUGAACACACCUAGCGUGUCCUUUGCAGUGAACGUGCUAAUACGUAUAUUUUGUAUUUUAAUUUAUUUACAACAUUUAUGUAAUAAUAAUUUCGUGUAUUUUCAAUGUAUUAUUAAUGUCAAUUGAAAAAAACUAUUCGCAAACCAUCCAAAGUUCGCUUAUGAGAUCUAUUAUGACAUUUUUAUUCAACUUUAAUGUAUUUUCGUGCAUUUUUGCAUAACCCUUGCAUUCUUUAUGUCACAGUAUUUUUAAUCGUUGUUACGAUUUUUUCUAUGAAUUUUACUAUUAACAUUAUUUUAAUUUAACAUAGUUUUAAGUUUAAGCACAAUGUGAUAGUAUACCGGACGUACACAAAGAUGAGUGCCUUAUGAGUUUAUUUAGUAAUUAGAAUAUUAUAUUAUAUGUAAGAGAAAAUAUGAAUACAUUCCGAAUAUAUCGUUGGUGCUGUGCAUACCAAAUGUUAGACUAAUGCUUUUAUCUAAUCAAUCUUCCAUCCUGUUCUCAUCUGCGAGAGACGGGUAUGUAUUAAAUACGGUUAAUAAAAAGUCGUGUUACUUCAGAAUAUACGGACAAACAGAAUUUAGACUAGAGGCAUAUUAUUAAAGUAAAUUAUGUAGUCAGUACAUUUACUGCCAUCUUUCGACACAAAUGAAUAACACGUUUAGAACGCCACGUGGCUUUGAUUCUUAUUUUUUCACUGAUAUGUGUUAAAUGUCAAAAAGUAUCGCCAUCUAGUCGAGAGUAGGCUAAAAGUAUGGCGCUAUCGCUCGAAAAGAGGGCUCGAUUUGGCCUAAUUAUACAUAUCGUCGAGUAGAUGGCGAUACUUUUUGACAUUUAACAUAAUACAUAUCAGUGAAAAAAUAAGGAUCUAAGUCAAAUGGCGUUCUAAAAGUGUUAAUAAUUUGUUUCGAAAGAUGGCAGUAAAUGUACUGACUACAUAAUGUACGUUGACAAUAUUCCUCUAUUUCAAAAUCUAUUUGAUACGGAGCAAUAAAAUACAAAUAAAACUAACUGCGGAAAGUAUACCACCGCGCUCCAAGUGGUAGAGAGACAGAAAACGUAGGUAAUUUCACUCAUUUCGGCUUUCGAAACGUCACUGUAUUGUAUCAAAUUUUGAAUUGAAACUAGUGUAAUCGAAUUGUUUAGCAGAUCUUAUGAAUUAUAAUAAUUUCUUAUGACUUUGUUAUUGGCGGCUGAAAGGACCUUCGCACAAAUAAUAUGAAUAUUACACAUAUUUCGUGUCUUAAUUUAGUCCACUUUUUGAAUAACUAAUUAACUUUUGAUAUUUUUGAAUUGUAUUUAUACAGGCUCGAUAGUUUUGUGAUUUUCUAACGAGUGAUGAUAUUAUGAAUGUGAGUUAUGAAAUUAAUACUUCGAGUAUAAACGUAUAGUAUACACGACACAUGAGGUGCCGUACCGUAUUCUAUACAAUUUUAUUUUUAUUUUUUCUAAAUAGUUAAGUAAUUAUAACAGUUUAAACAGAUUUUCCACUUUCAUUACAUCUAGUUUGUGAAAGAUGGUAUACCGUAAUAAUCAUAAAUUCUCUAGAAGCAUCCACUCCACUAUGGGUCUACUGGGACCCAUAUUUACAAUAUCGGCUUGAUUCUCUUGGUAUUAAGUUAAAUUUUGGUUAAAUCAAAUGGAUUAAAAGUAUUAAACCAGAUUGAAUUAAACAUACUUAAACUAUCUUACAAUGACAAACUAAAUGUAAUAAUUGUACGUGAUGUAAUACCAUUGAUACCUUCGGGUAUCAAUAGUAUCUCGUGGAUACUGUGUAGUGAGCAAAAUAUUUCAGUAAUAAAAAGUAAUUUAAUUUAU